CACCUCACUGUGAGCGUAUAAAAGGAGAAGCUGAUGAUGCUGCACAGUCAGACAGACUCAGGAGUGAAGAACGCUUCACGUCAAAGAGGAGAAAAUCACUGCAGGAGAAACGACUGAUCUUCACAACCUGAAGUAAGGAUGAACUCUGGGAUCCGGUGCAUCGUUCUUCUGGCCUGCAUCACCAUCUGCUCCUCAGCCAGUAUUAUGAGGUGUAAGUGUAUAAAAACGAUUUCUGCAGUAAGGACCCGUUUCAUCGCUGAUGCGACAGUGUAUAAACCUGGUCCAUCCUGCAGCCUACAGGAAGUGAUUGUCAUCCUGAAAAAUAAAACCCAGCUCUGUCUUGACCCAGCGGGACGUCAGGCUCAAGACAUCAUCAGAAUCCUGAAAGCAAAAGAAAUGCAGACAAAGGCUGAGCAGACGAGCAGCGUCAACACAAAAGCAACUUCUGCAGCAACCACAACUACUGCAGCAACCACAACUACUGCAGCAAUCAUAACAUCAGCAGCAACAUCAACACCAGUAGCAGCAGCAGCAACAUCAAACGCAGCAACACCAGUAGCAGAAACAACAACAUCAGCAGCAGCAACAUCUCUGUAAUUUGUUUUAAAUGCACCACAUUCAGAUUAUCAACUCAGCAAAGACCUGAAACAGUGAAAAGACAAGUUUUAGUUGUCAUAAAGUUUUAGCACAACUUGA